AUGUCUGAAGUCAUAUACUGUUUUAUAUUUAACUGUGUUUCAAUUUCAGCCAAGCUGGAGGGGGAGGAGUUUUUUGGCAGUGUACCGGGUCUCUGCAAGGUUGUUGCCAGUAUCUGUACCAUAUCGUGUGUGACGUCGUUGAUGACGAUUGCAGCCAUGAGCUUGAACAGAUAUGUUUACAUUUGUGCCAACGACAUCUAUAACAAAAUAUUUACUAAGAAAACCUGUUGCGCCAUAUCAUUAUCGGUAUACUCUGUAGGAGUAAUUCUCGUCUUGAUGAAUACUGUAGGCUUUGGUGACCAUGGUUUUGACCGAAAAAGUUUAGAAUGUAUAUGGGACAGAAUGGAGACCUUCCCAUUCACGAUUAUAUUUUCUGUCAUUUUGGUAUGGAUACCUUCCAUCAUCACGGGCUUAUGCUAUCUGAGGAUUUAUAUUUACGUCCGGAAACAUAGACGUCGAAUACAGAAGCAAACCUCUCAAUCAUACAGUGCCGACGGGCCUCUGAAGAGUUUCCGCCUUGCUAAAACGUUGUUCUUAAUUUACGCCGUAUUUGUGUCAUGCUGGACGCCCUACGCCCUUCUAAUUGUUAUCGAUUCGAAAGACACAUUUCCUCACGAAGUUCAUCUAAACAUCACUAUAUUUGCCCAUCUGCACCCGUCUAUGAACUGGUUUAUUUACUUUAUGACAAAUAAACAUUUUGCAAAGGCGUUCAAUGAGGUUUUUAAAAUGCUAUUGUUUUGCAAAAAACAGACAAACACUCGUGUGCACAGAAUAGAAAUACAUCAGGUAAAAGUCAUCGAAGCCAUUAGACACUCCUAA